GCGCGCGGCGCGCGCUGGGGGAGGAAUGGGAGCCGCGGGCAGGCUCUGAGGUCUCCGUCCCCGCCUAGGCCCGGCGAUGGAGUUUCCCGACCUCGGCGCGCACUGUUCGGAGCCAAGUUGUCAGCGCUUGGAUUUUCUGCCGCUUAAGUGCGACGCCUGCUCCGGCAUCUUCUGCGGAGACCAUGUGGCCUACGCCCAGCAUCACUGUGAAUCUGCUUACCAAAAGGAUAUUCAGGUGCCAGUGUGCCCGCUCUGUAACGUGCCUGUGCCUGUGGCCAGAGGGGAGCCCCCUGACCGCGCUGUAGGGGAGCACAUUGACAGAGACUGUCGCUCUGAUCCUGCACAGCAAAAACGGAAGAUCUUCACCAAUAAGUGUGAACGCUCUGGCUGCCGGCAGCGGGAAAUGAUGAAAUUGACCUGUGAUCGCUGUGGCCGGAACUUCUGCAUCAAGCACCGUCACCCACUGGACCAUGAUUGCUCUGGGGAGAGGCACCCUACCAGCCGGGCAGGACUUGCUGCCAUCUCCAGAGCAAAAGGCCUGGCUUCCACAAGCGUCGUCCCCAGCUCGAGUCAGACCUUGGCUUUCUCUGCCUCUCCCAGCAGAGCCACAACUCGGUCUCCAUCCCAGACAGCCCCUCCAGUGAUUGCUUUGCAGAAUGGCUUGAGUGAGGAUGAGGCUCUGCAACGAGCCUUGGAACUGUCACUGGCAGAGACCAAGCCCCAGGUCCCUAGUUCUCAGGAGGAAGAAGAUUUAGCGUUAGCACAAGCACUCUCAGCCAGUGAGGCGGAAUUCCGGCGGCAGCAGGCCCAGAACCGCAGCUUGAAGCCAUCUACCUGCAGCCUGUGCUAGGGCCCAGGGCUUGGGGAGGGUGGUUCACCAGAGGAAGACUGUGGCCCUCGCACCUCUAGGGUCCACAGGAAGAGGAGGCCUGGAGCAGCCUGGAGUGGAGAGACAGGCAGGAGUGACAUGGAGGCUGUCUCCGGGAGCAUCAG